UUCAUCAAAUUUAGAUUAUCGAGGAACGUACAGGUUUCCAGCCAAUGGGAGCUCUGGAAUGGGACAGCAAUCAAGAAAGCGCAGGUCCUGAUUUUAUUAUUGGCUUCGAUUGCAGCUGAAUCGGAAUUCCUUUAUUUAACUGCCAUGGAUGAAAUUAGUUAGUUAACUUUGAUUCCAAUCCAAGGGAUCGAUCGCCUUUCAGUCCUCGCAUGGCGAUUGGCUAAGAUCUGCGGUGAUCUGUCAGCCCAUUCUGAGUUCUCAGGUGAUGUUAUUGGAAAUGCUAAUGGAGGACCUCUCUAACGAUCGCCUUACUUUCGGGAAGAUGGGUUACGGUUGCAGGCAUUACAGAAGGAGAUGCAGGAUUCGAACUCCAUGCUGUAAUGAAGUCUUCGAUUGUCGCCACUGUCACAACGAAUUCACGAAUUUGCUGCCCAAUUUUCACGAUCGCCAUGAAUUAGUUCGGUACGAUGUGAAACAAGUUAUCUGCUCUGUUUGCGACACCGAACAGCCUGUUGCACGAAGGUGCACAAAUUGCGGCGUCAAUAUGGGAGAAUACUUCUGUGAUAUCUGCAAGUUUUAUGACGACGAUACCAGCAAAGGGCAUUUUCAUUGUGACGAUUGUGGGAUUUGCAGGACCGGUGGCCGCGAGAACUUCUUCCACUGCAAAAAAUGUGGAAGUUGUUAUUCGGUUGGCUUACGCAACAACCACAUGUGUGUCGAGAAUUCAAUGAGGCAUCACUGUCCUAUAUGUUACGAGUACAUGUUCGAUUCCCUUAAAGACACGGCUGUAAUGAAAUGCGGGCACACGAUGCAUUGCGAAUGUUACAACGAGAUGAUAAGGCGCGAGAAGUACUGCUGCCCGAUAUGCUCCAAGUCGACCAUGGACAUGUCCAGAAACUGGAAGCGAAUCGACGAGGAGAUCGAAGACACUAUCAUGCCAGACGAGUAUAGAUACAAGAAGGUUUGGAUCCUUUGCAACGACUGCAACGAUACUACGGAAGUUUACUUCCACGUACUCGGGCAGAAGUGCAGCCAUUGCCAGUCGUACAAUACUCGAACAAUUGCGCCUCCGGUUCUUCCUCAAUGACAUUUCUUACAUUGAUUCGAAUGAAUUAUUUCGUUGGCGCGCCACAAAGUCGGCGCUGCCUUAAACAAGACGGGAUCUUCAGGUUCUUCCAUCGAUGUUGUCGUCGAGGAGGUUUGUUGUUUUCUUUAUAGUUUUUAUUACAUGCAAACAAGUUCAAUUAAAAGCAGUAAGUAUAGCAUAAGAAACUCUAAAUUCAUCAUCCUAUUGCUAUUUAUGAACACAUUUGUUACAGAAGCCGUGUCUUUCUGUUUACUACAUUAUUUGCUGUAUUCAUAAGUUCGUUGUCAUAUUUUCUGCCAGAAUUUUUUUA